UCAUAUCAAAGAGGCUCAACAGUCAUGAAUCAACAAGAAUGUAAAACUAUGGAAAAAUUGAAAGAAUUUAUUGGUCUUUUUGAAAUUAAGAAUCUCAAUGAAUUAUGUUUGUUUAAUGAACAUGGUACUUUUAUUGUUCUUGCUUGGUAUCAAUCGGUUGUAGAGGGUGUAGACAUGUGGUAUGAAGAUGGAUCAUCCAAAAUUAUACCCAAGUAUAGAAUGAAAGUAAAAGUUAGUCAUGGGGAUGAAGAAGCUGUCUUUAAACUUUUUGAUGCAGAGGUUGAAAAAUUGGCUAUGGAGACAUGUCCAUUAUUGCUUUCAAUGGGUGAAGCAUGUUCAUUGUUUCCAGAUGAAAUGGAGAUCAUUUAUGGUGAGCCUAUUCUAUUCAAAGUUGAAAAAUCUGUUGUGGAAGCCAAAGGAGAUUCCAACUGCUUCAAAGUAUUAAGUAUAUGCAAUGAAAUUUCUUUACUUGAUUUGUUCUUUGAUAAAUACUUUACUAAUUUUGAUAGCACUCGAGCUACUUCCCGUAUCGUUUUGUUGCCAGACUUGAAUGAUGAUCCAACUUUGAAAGAAUCUGCAUAUAGUAGUGAUGAACAGAAUUUAGCUAAUGAUGCAGUUCUUUCCACUGUCAAAGAAGCUGUAGAUGUAGAAAUCAAAUCUUUUAAAAGAAAGAUUGAAGAUGUUGUUGCUGGUGUUGUGUGCUUGAACAAUCAGCAAGCUGAGAAAUUUGCAAAGUUUGUUUAUAAAUAAUAGGUUGUUUCAUGGGUUAAGAAAUUGUAUAAUGGUCUUUGUAUCGUUUGGUUUUAUUUUUACCUAUAUAAAGAAGACAAAGCCUUCUUUCUU